UUGUCGGAGCGCCGCAGCCGCCCGCUCCGCCCGCAGACGAGCCGAGACGCGCCGCGCUGUCCCGGCGGCGCCCGCUCGCCCGCCCGCCAUGGUGUCAUGGAUCAUCUCCAGGCUGGUGGUGCUUAUAUUUGGCACCCUUUACCCUGCAUAUUAUUCCUACAAGGCUGUGAAAUCGAAGGACAUUAAAGAAUAUGUCAAAUGGAUGAUGUACUGGAUUAUAUUUGCACUUUUUACCACAGCAGAGACAUUCACUGACAUCUUCCUUUGUUGGUUUCCAUUCUAUUAUGAACUAAAAAUAGCCUUUGUAGCCUGGUUGCUGUCUCCCUACACAAAAGGCUCCAGCCUCCUAUACAGGAAGUUUGUACAUCCCACGCUGUCUUCAAAAGAAAAGGAAAUUGAUGAUUGCUUGGUCCAAGCAAAAGACCGAAGUUACGAUGCCCUUGUGCACUUUGGGAAGCGGGGCUUGAAUGUGGCGGCCACAGCGGCAGUGAUGGCUGCUUCCAAGGGGCAGGGUGCCUUAUCAGAGAGACUUCGCAGCUUCAGCAUGCAGGACCUCACCACCAUCAGGGGUGACGGUGCCCCUGCUCCCUCCAGCCCGCCCACACCAGGGUCCGGGCGAGCCACCGGCAAACACGGCCAGCCCAAGAUGUCCAGGAGCGCUUCUGAGAGUGCUAGCAGCUCAGUGUGUACCUGCUGCUCCACCUGCAGGACCCGGAAAGUGGUUGAGGGAGAUGUGAAUGAGGGUGGUGUGAAGGCUUGGGACCCCCACCAGGUCCAAAACCCACUGGCAUUUUCGGACGAGGAGGAGGAAGAUCUGCUGGAUUUCAUGUACAAGUAUAAGGCUCUUCGAAAGACGGAAAUCCCCUUGGAGGCACCGCCUAGAGUUCUUCGAUCCCGCUUUAGGAAGAAAAGUACCUCAUCCUCAGCCACUGAAACCACAGAAUGUCUCAGAUGUGCUUCUGAAGCUUCUAAACACAACUCCAGUAGAACAUCCCUUUUCCAGCAGGACGACGGUCCAUCUUCUUCAGACAGAUGUUUAGCCAAAACGCCAGAGAUGCUUAGCAUGAAGAGACAAUAUUGUAAUGACAGAGAUGAGUGCAAUGAGGCCAGGGGAGCAGCCCAGAAUAAGAGAAAUCACAAGACGCUUGUCUCCCCCUGGAUUCUGGAUUAAGAGCUUCUGAAUCAUUUCAAGGGAUUUACCAAAGCUUUAGGCAGGUGGCUCACCCUUGGUGAAACUUUCUGGGGAUGUGAACUCACAGGCCUGUUGAGGAGAAUCGUUUUGAGUGUUCCAAAAGUGCUGGAAGAAUGACUAUUUCUCCUUCAUCAUGACCGGUUCUGUGACUUAUUUCCCCAGGUAGAGGAGCCUGUAACCUGAACAUCUUGAUUAAGAGAACACUAAGCAAAAGCCAACCAGUCAACCCAACCCAAACCAAACCAAACCUAAAGCUAUGUUUCAGAUAUGCCAUCAAAUACACCUGAGACACCUGUCAAAAUGCUGGGUUCUAGAAAGGUUUCAGAGCUUGAGAUCUUUACGGACUGACUUGCUGCUCAGCGCCCUGGGUGGCACCCUUCUGUUCCCUUCCUGGCUUGUGCAGAAUGUGAGUGAGAGAAGUCGUGCACUCAUGGGCACUCCGUGUCUUACUGGACGUCUUAUGCAGGCCAGGAUCGCUUAGUAGAGUAGAGCACUGCUGAGGGGACUCUCUACUUAGACUGAGAACUUUAUCUGAAAAGAAGAAUCUGGUUUAGGUAGCAUUUUGGCCCAAGGUAGCUCCUCCCCUCUGGGAGAGCUGAGCCUAAACGUAGGACUUGUAUAUUUGUGCUUAGAGUUGGUGUUUUCUUUCAGUGUAAUGCAUGCAGUGGUCACAACGCAGUCACUUAUAAUACUUGGAUUGUGUUUGUUCAUAGAUAUGCUCUGAAGACUAGAGAAUUAGUGUAAUGUACCACAUAGGACUUACUGUCAACCAGCUAUAAGCAGACCUGGUUCAAG